AACCCUGAACACCUCCCUGAGCUCAACACAGCCUGCAUCGUAUACACAGCGACGAUAGAGAGGACUGUUAAACAGUAAACUGCUAGCACAGGCAGGUAGUGCAAUUGCAGAAUGGGUUUGGAUUUUUUUCUGACUGGGGUUUAUACAAAUAGGUGUGAUCCAGGCUGUGAAAAGCACUUCUGAGCUGUUUGAAGGGUUAACGGGUUUGUUUCCAAUGCUUUACCUGUUUCAAGUGUACAUUUUUAAAAAUGUUGUCCAAGGCAGUGUUUAUUGAACUGGGUUUCCAAUUGACCAAGAUUUCUGUUAAUCUGUACAGGGAAUAAUUUACUUGCCACCCUAUCUUCCCCAAGUGUUACUAAUUCUGCGACCAAUAUAUGGGGCAGAAAACUGAGCUCAAGAGGAUUUUUGGGCAAGUGUUUAACAUUUGUCACUCCAGUGCUGGUGAAUACUUCAGGAGGUUGAAACUUGGACAACUUGCCUUUAACCACACUGCUGUUCAUAUACAUACCUGUGCACCUAAUUGAAGUGCAUUUGAGAUCAGGAUUGGCUUGAUGCACAGCUGAAAUUAAGAGUUUAAUUGUCUCGGGUAUUGGAAUGUAGGCAAAGUUUCUGUGCAGAAAAUUGUUUGAUUUUUUCCUUCUUAUUUAUUUAUUUUUUACAUUGUAAUUUGUCUGUGGAAUUGAGGAAACACCAGUGUUUGGAGUUCAAGAGCCUUGAGGCCCCUUUCGGAGUAUGAACCUGAAGUAAAUUAUUCCCUGUACUUUGCAGGUUCUUGACAGGCAGGGUGCAGUAGAUAGAGCAUAUACCAUUUUAGUGUAAUGCCAGUUUAAAAUCUCGACACUCUCUGAGAUUGCAUUGAAAUAGCUAAUCUAUUUCCAAGAAUACAUCUAUAAUAUCUCAGCUAUGAAGAAGUGUCCCUGCUAGAUUAGUAAGAGUGCAGCCAAGUGACUCUUAAUCUUGAUCCUUGGCUCAAAGCUUGGUGACUGGGAAUGGAGGGACAGGUUUAUAGGAAAGGAGUCUGAUUGUAGAAGAUAGUUUAUCGCAGUGGGUCCCAAACUUGGUUAUCUACACUGGAAUUGGGGAAACACUGGUUUAGUGAAGAAAGGUAGUUGCAUCUUUACAAUGAGACUGAGGGGGAUGAGACAGAAGGUAGUUUAACAGGGCAGGGUCUGUUCUCUACUUCAUCACUGAAGUCUGCUUUUUAGACGGCCAAAGAACUGUUCUGUGUGUGUGUGUCUCCAGGGCUUUUAUUAUUCAUGGAGGGGAAAAGCUUCCCUUUGGUUCAGUGCUUUCCAGUACGCUCAAGGCUUCUCAUCGGAUGACUUCAAAAGUGUACAAUGUAAAGAGAAUGAAGUCCAUUUAAAAUAUUUGGAAAUGUAGCUUGUGAACCAGCGAGAGGGGUGGCUUGUUUUGAUGCUGUAAAUUUGAAGACAUAGAUUGUGCAUCUUAAAUUCGGCUAGACUACAAGAAUUAGCCAGGUGCUUACAAAGAAACCUAAAUGCUCAAAGGAGUAAAGAAUGAAUAACAUGACCACAUUUUAUUAUUGGUAUACAUUUUUGCAUGUAAAGCUGUUACCAGACCUUUUGAAAUGCUCUUCUCCCAUUAGUGUGGACUUUGGAGGAUGUAGCUGUUUCUAUAGAGUUGUAAUACAGUUAAUUAAGAAUGUUAUGGGACAGGCUUUUGCCUCCCUGAAUAAAGCUGUUCUGGAGUUGAGCACACCCCUGGCAGUUUCGAGGCUCCAGUAUGAGCCCCUCUCGUGCUAGGGGGUAGGGAGCAGUCCACAGUGCCCGGGUUAGGAGUUCAGGAGCCUGCAUGUAGCUCAGAGGUAUACAGGGUCAUAUAGAGUAUCUGAUCUCUUUCUUUUCUGUAAUAAAAACAAAAAACUGUAAUACAAACAAUUGUGCCACGAUUCCACAGGCCCAUACUAACUGUCCUUAAUUUCUCUCCUACAGCAGUACUGCUAUGCCAGUCCUGUCUGCAUUCUUAAGGUUGCAGCUCAACACAUCCUGUGUAGGUUAUGGUGAACACAAAAAGAUUGUGUCCAAAGGAAGUACUAUCCCAAUUUGUCAGGGGCCACGGGUCAAAGUGGCAUGGUUUAAAGACACGAGUGGGGAGGGGAUCAAGAGUUUCUGUAGCCACAGCAGCUAUUCAAGCAGCCACCUUUCUAACCGCCUCUUCUGUAGCAUAAGUGAUGGUGUAGGCAUGUGCUAGUGGCAAGUGAGUCCCUGUGCAUUGAAUAUAAUAUAAAAAAAUAAUUUUUUAUAGACUAAAAUUUUAUAUUAACCUGCACAUCAAUGACACCUUAGUUUUAAUGCCUUUACAAUCUGCUUAAAAGCUCAGCAAAUAAAUACUGUGUGCAUCAAGGCCUGAUUUCAUAGCCCUGUUUUGGGGCUCAGUAUGGCCGUAGUAUAUUAACAUCUUUAACGUGACUUUGUUUAGUGAAACGAUUUUCCUGCCCUAUGUCGUCUUCACGUUGCAGUGAAACCCUUGUUUAAUAGGAACCACGCCUUUGCUAUUUUUAAACAAACAAAAUAACAAUUAGAAAUAUAUUUUAAAGUCUUAAGUUCGCACAUGCAAUAUAUUGAUCAUAACAAAAUAAAAUACGAUAAAUCAUCCCCAUCAUUUACAGAGGCAGAUUACCGAGGUUAAGAUUUGGGGAUUUAGUAUCGAUGCUGCUUGACAACAGAUUACAUUAAACGUUAGACUAUAAAGAAUCCCUCAAUAUAGCUGGGUGUGGAUGACUGAAGGAAGACUUUGUUGUUUUUUGCUUAAGUUACAUUACCAGGAGGUAUGCUGUGUGUUUAAGUUCAAACCCUUUCCAAAGUGUUACUAAUGGUAAAGAGAAUUUUCUAGGCUUCUAUUCUGCCGGUUGAAGUCAGACACUGCAGAUGGACACCAGGCACAGAAAGUGAGGGAAAACCCCAGAUCCCAAACUCCAUGCCAGAACGUACAUGGACGUCAUGCGUGAGCAGCACCUCACAAAGGAAGAGAAAGAGAUCCGUCAGCAGAUGGCGGAGAAGGCGAAGGCAGGGGAGCUGAAGGUGGUGAACGGCUCUGCUGCGUCCCAGGCUGCCGCUGCCGCAGCUGCAAAACGCAAGCGCCGGUGGGACCAGACUGCGGACCAGACCCCCAACAGUGCCAGCACCACGCCCAAGAAGGUGUCCAGCUGGGACCAGGCAGACGUCACCUCAGAGCAAACUCCAGGACACACACCGGGACACACACCCUCCGAGAGCCGCUGGGAUGAGACCCCCGGCCGGGCAAAGGGCAGUGAGACCCCUGGAGCCACCCCCAGCUCCCGCAUGUGGGACCCCACCCCCAGCCACACCCCUGCAGGAGCUGCCACGCCCGGCAGAGGAGACACACCUGGCCACGUCACACCAGGCCACGGGGGAGCCACCUCUAGCGUGCGCAAAAACCGCUGGGAUGAGACACCCAAGACAGAGAGAGAGACCCCUGGCCACGGCAGCGGCUGGGCUGAGACCCCCCGUACGGACCGUGGUGGUGACUCUGUGGAAGAGACUCCCACCCCAGGGGCCAGCAAGAGGAAGUCGCGCUGGGACGAGACCCCAGCCAGCCAGAUGGGCUCCUCCACCCCCCUGCUCACCCCGGGAAAGACCCCCAUAGGAACCCCUGCCAUGAAUAUGGCCACUCCCACGCCAGGUCACCUGAUGAGCAUGACUCCCGAGCAGCUGCAGGCCUGGCGCUGGGAACGUGAGAUAGACGAGAGGAACCGUCCGCUCACCGACGAUGAGCUCGAUGCCAUGUUCCCUGAGGGGUACAAGGUCCUGCCCCCUCCAGCGGGCUACGUUCCAAUCCGCACCCCGGCCCGCAAGCUCACUGCCACCCCCACCCCCAUGGGAGGAAUGACCGGGUUCCACAUGCAGACAGAGGACCGCACCAUGAAGACCAUCAACGACCAGCCCUCCGGCAACCUGCCCUUCCUCAAGCCAGACGACAUCCAGUACUUCGACAAGCUGCUGGUGGAGGUGGAUGAGUCGACUCUCAGUCCAGAGGAGCAGAAAGAACGGAAGAUCAUGAAACUGCUGCUGAAAAUCAAGAACGGCACUCCACCAAUGAGAAAGGCCGCGCUCCGUCAGAUCACAGAUAAAGCCCGUGAAUUUGGGGCUGGCCCACUCUUCAAUCAGAUUCUGCCCCUGCUGAUGUCCCCCACGCUGGAAGAUCAGGAGCGCCAUCUUCUGGUGAAGGUCAUCGACAGGAUCCUGUACAAGCUGGACGACCUGGUCCGGCCCUAUGUGCACAAGAUUCUCGUGGUUAUUGAACCCUUGUUGAUUGAUGAAGAUUACUAUGCCAGAGUGGAGGGCCGAGAAAUCAUCUCCAAUUUGGCCAAGGCUGCUGGUCUGGCCACCAUGAUCUCUACCAUGCGCCCCGACAUUGACAACAUGGAUGAGUAUGUGAGGAACACGACGGCCCGUGCCUUCGCUGUGGUGGCCUCGGCGCUGGGGAUCCCCUCGCUGCUCCCCUUCCUCAAGGCCGUGUGCAAGAGCAAGAAGUCCUGGCAGGCCAGGCACACUGGCAUCAAGAUCGUGCAGCAGAUCGCCAUCCUCAUGGGCUGUGCCAUCCUGCCCCAUCUCAGGAGCCUGGUGGAGAUCAUUGAGCACGGUCUGGUGGACGAGCAGCAGAAGGUGCGCACUAUCAGUGCUCUGGCUAUCGCUGCCCUGGCUGAGGCAGCCACCCCCUACGGUAUCGAGUCCUUCGACUCCGUGCUCAAGCCCCUGUGGAAGGGUAUUCGGCAGCACAGAGGCAAGGGUCUGGCUGCUUUCCUGAAGGCGAUCGGCUACCUGAUCCCCCUGAUGGACGCUGAGUAUGCCAACUACUACACCAGGGAGGUGAUGCUGAUCCUCAUCAGAGAGUUCCAGUCUCCCGAUGAGGAGAUGAAGAAGAUUGUGCUCAAGGUGGUGAAGCAGUGCUGUGGCACAGACGGUGUGGAAGCAAAUUACAUCAAGACAGAGAUCCUGCCGGCCUUCUUCAAACACUUUUGGCAGCACAGGAUGGCGCUGGACAGGAGGAAUUACAGACAGCUGGUAGACACCACGGUGGAGCUGGCUAACAAGGUGGGCGCUGCGGAGAUCAUCUCUCGCAUCGUGGACGACCUAAAGGACGAGGCGGAGCAGUACCGCAAGAUGGUGAUGGAGACCAUCGAGAAGAUCAUGGGCAACCUUGGGGCUGCUGACAUAGACCACAAACUGGAGGAGCAGCUUAUCGAUGGCAUCCUGUACGCCUUCCAGGAGCAGACUACUGAGGACUCUGUGAUGCUGAACGGCUUUGGCACAGUGGUGAACGCGCUUGGGAAGCGUGUAAAGCCCUACCUGCCCCAGAUUUGCGGUACCGUCCUGUGGCGUCUCAACAAUAAGUCCGCCAAAGUGCGCCAGCAAGCCGCGGACCUCAUUUCCAGAACCGCCGUCGUCAUGAAGACCUGCCAGGAGGAAAAGCUGAUGGGUCACUUGGGUGUGGUGCUGUACGAGUACCUGGGAGAGGAGUACCCCGAAGUGCUGGGGAGCAUUCUUGGGGCGCUCAAGGCCAUUGUAAACGUUAUCGGUAUGCACAAAAUGACUCCCCCGAUCAAGGACCUGCUGCCCAGACUGACGCCCAUCCUGAAGAACAGGCACGAGAAGGUCCAGGAGAACUGCAUCGACCUGGUCGGGCGAAUUGCUGACAGGGGAGCUGAGUAUGUCUCAGCCAGGGAGUGGAUGAGGAUUUGCUUUGAGCUGCUGGAGCUGUUGAAGGCUCACAAGAAAGCCAUCAGGAGAGCCACUGUCAACACCUUCGGCUACAUCGCCAAGGCCAUCGGCCCUCACGACGUGCUGGCCACUCUGCUCAAUAACCUGAAGGUCCAGGAGCGACAGAACCGCGUGUGCACCACCGUGGCCAUCGCUAUCGUGGCAGAGACAUGCUCCCCCUUCACCGUGCUGCCGGCGCUCAUGAACGAGUACCGCGUGCCUGAGCUCAAUGUGCAGAACGGCGUGCUCAAGUCCCUCUCCUUCCUCUUUGAGUACAUCGGGGAGAUGGGCAAGGACUACAUCUACGCAGUCACGCCACUGCUGGAGGACGCGCUCAUGGACAGAGACCUGGUGCACAGGCAGACAGCCAGUGCGGUGGUGCAGCACAUGUCUCUGGGUGUGUACGGGUUUGGCUGUGAGGACUCCCUCAAUCACCUGCUCAACUACGUCUGGCCCAACGUGUUCGAGACCUCGCCCCACGUCAUCCAGGCUGUCAUGGGGGCACUGGAGGGGCUGCGUGUCGCCAUCGGGCCCUGCCGCAUGCUGCAGUACUGCCUACAGGGCUUGUUCCACCCAGCGAGGAAGGUGAGGGAUGUUUACUGGAAGAUCUACAACUCCAUCUACAUCGGCUCCCAGGAUGCUCUGAUCGCACACUACCCCCGCGUGUACAACGACGAGAAGAACCCCUUUGUCCGCUACGAGCUAGAGUACUCCUUGUAACCUCCACAAAACACCUUGUUUUUUAUUACACACCCCCAGGAUUCCAGACUCCUUUUUUCUGCUUUGAACCUGUUUCGGGUGACAGACCAGUUAUCAGUAGAUGAUUGAAGGCUGUUGUAAAUCAUCACUAGCCUAUCAAAGCGCUCCGUUUGCAGCGACUUUCUUUAUGUAGGGGUUGUGUUGCGAUGCUGCAGAAAACAUGCAGGUCCUGCAAAUUUUAAAAUCUGCAGUUAAAUCUGUUGCAUUGCAGCAUCUUUAUUUAAAGGAAAACCCGUAUUACAUUAAGAUAUAAAGUACCUCUAGUCACAGAUGAAUUGUUUUGUUUAACAGGAUUUAUAAAAAUGUGUGUUUUGGUUGUUGUACUGUUACUGUGUACACGGCAUAAUGCUUGCGUAACGGUGUCACAAAAAAAAAAAAAACUACAGCAACCAAGCAUGUAAAACAUAAUUGUUAUAAAAACAAAAACGCUUGGAGCCUGUAGUGGGAGCAGAUACACAUUUUUAACAGAAACAGUGAAGAGCGUGCAAGCAAUGUGAAGUCAGUCAAGCUCAGUAGAGGCAACGAAGUACUUAAAUUAAAAAAAAAAAAAAAAAAAUGUAAUGUUCUGUGGAGCAAAUCUGUUUUUUUUAUCAAGGUUAAUAUUCCAUUUCUUGAGCUAAUGGGAUGUUUCUUUAUUUGACAGAAUAAACAUUUGUGUAUAAAAUUAAA